CAUCACCGGCGGCCCUUCAACGGGCCAUAAGUCGGAGUUCAGGACCUCAGUGGAUUACGAAAGAGAGACAAAUCCCAAAUGGAAGAACACUCGCAUGGAUUUCAGACUCCAUAACCCAUCUCUCCAAAACAACCUCCUCUAUCUCAACAUCAACUUUUAUUGCACUCGAAUCUUAGGUGACAAACACGUCGGCGGAGUCUGUGUCUCCGUCAAACGCCUCUUCGACAUGACAUCACGUAACGGGACCGCUUCUCAGGCGGUCCGGUAUCCAGUUGUGACUUCCUCCGGGGAAAAGCAAGGCUUUGUUGACUUCUCUUUCGCAUUUGGAGAGCCAAUUCCACAGCGACAAUAUGGGAGUACAAGUAGAGGUACUAAUUAUCGUAUCGCUACUACUCAGGCCAAUGAUAUUGAUGAUCAAGAUAAUCAAGACAACUAUGGGAGUGAUUUGAGCAGCAACGAUGCCAAUGAUAUUGAUGAUCAAGAUAAUCAAGACAAUUACGGAGGUGAUCAGAGUAAUAGUAACAACUACAGGACUUAUAAGGGGAGCAACUACAAGGUUCAUCAGAACCAUGAUUAUGACUAUCGAGAUUAUCAGGAGAACAACUACGAGAGUGAUCAGGGUAACGAUUACGAUUAUGGAGAUGAUCAGGACAACAAUGAUGGAGAUUAUCAGGACAACGGCUACCGAGAUGAUCAGGGCAACGUUUACGAUUACAUGGAUAAUCAAGACAACAAUUACGGGAAUUAUCAGGAGAACAACUAUAGGGGUGAUCAGGGCAACAAUUACGACUACCGAGGGAAUCAACAAAAUAAUUAUGAGAAUUAUCAGGAGAACAACUACGGGGUUAAUCAGGACAACAAUUACAAUGAUCAAGAAAAUAAUUACGAAGAUUAUCAAGAGAACUACGGGGGUGAUCAGGGCAACAAUUACGACUAUGGGGAUAAUCAGGAAAACAGUUACAGAAGCAAUGUGGGCAACAAUUACGACUAUGGGGAUAAUCAGGAAAACAGUUACAGAAGCAUAAUGUUAUUGAAAGAAAAAAAAAAAAAAAAUUUCUGGCCAAUCAAACCCCACUGCGAGUCCUGAGGGUUUGAAACAUUAUGCUUCUAAUGUGUUCUUUUACACGUUUUAUGGGAUUGUUGGUAGCUAGUCAACAUCUCUCUGUUUCGUCUAAGGAUUACUGUGCUCUGUUUAGUACAAGUGGUGGAGUGUGUUUGGUGUAUUUGUUUCAUUUAAGCUCUAUUUAGGUAGAGAAUUUGACUGGAGAUUUGGAAAAGAAAGAAAAGAAAAAGAAAAUGUAGAUAAAAUAUAAAAAAAAUAUAUUUAUAUUUCACCUAUUUUUACAUAUUUUUUUUCUUUCUAUUUUAAUAUUCGGUCUGAAAUCUCUCAACUAAAAACCUCGAUUCUUUUUUCAUCAAAAGAUAGGUUUUGGACUCUGCUCUCACAGUUGACCAUCUAAUUGGACAUCCAAUCAGAGAGAAAUUGUUUGGUUUGG